CCCUUCUAACAAAGUUACUCUCGUUUUACUCGAUUCUUCGUUCGAAAUCCCUUCUGAGAGAAAUCAAGAAUCGACGCGCAAGCGCAACAAUGUUUACCUGCGUAUCGCGGGUCGGUGGAGCUUUCAGUAUCCAUGUAGCUUUCGAACCUGAACGAUGCAGAACUCCAAAAGAGCCAGUACUAAGUGUCUAUCGAUGGUCCACGAGUACGAGAAAUAUGUAAAUCUCAGCACUCAGUGGAAUCGGUGGCUCUUGAAACCAAUGGGUGCCUGGCCACUGUCGUCUAAUAUCUCGCGAGCAGAGAAAUGCUUUAAUCGGCAAAUAAAUGCCGUUUGUUACGGUUUGAUAAGUUUCCUUUUCAUACCAUGCGGUCUCUACGUGAUGCUGGAAGUGGAGGAUCUCUACAGUAAAAUUAAACUCUUCGGCCCGUUGAUUUUUUGCAUUAUGGCAUAUUUGAAGUACUAUUCGUUAAUCUUCCAUGGGAACGAUAUUCGCGAGUGUCUCGAUCGAAUCGAAUGGGACUGGAAAAACGUUAAGCACUUGGAAGACCGCGACAUCAUGGUAGCAACUGCAAAUUUCGGAAGACGAUUAGUGAAAGUUUCCACCUUUUUCAUGUACAGCGGUUUCAUUUUCUACUAUAUCGCUGUACCUAUAAGCGUUGGGACGAUCGCGGUGGUGGACGAAAAUCUGACGUUCAUUCCGAUGGUGUUUCCGUUCUCGAGACUCCUAGUCGACACUCGGCAGAGUCCAGCCAACGAGAUCCUUUUCACGAUACAAAUGUUAGGAGGUGUCCUGAUUCAUGGAAUCGCGGCUGCUGGCUGCAGUUUAGCCGCAGUUUUUGCAAUGCACGCUUGCGGACAAAUGAAAGUUUUGGUGUGUUUGCUGGACAAUUUAAUAACGGGCCGUUCAGAUAUCCCUAAGUCCGUGGAUGGAAGGAUCGCGAACAUCGUGAGUCAACACGUUCGAAUACUGAAAUUCUUGGCGCUCAUAGAGAAAGCAAUGUCUGAAAUAUCCCUAAUUGAGGUCUCGGGAUGUACGUUGGAUAUGUGUCUUGUUGGAUAUUACAUUAUUGUGGAAUGGAAUUCAAAGGACAUGACUGCUACUGUAACGUAUACCAUAAUACUUGCAUCUCUUACUUUCAAUAUCUUCAUAUUUUGUUAUAUAGGCGAGCUCGUCGCCGAACAGUGUAAAAUGGUUGGCGAACGGUCCUAUAUGAUCGAGUGGCAUCGGUUACCAGGAAAGAAAAGACUCAGCUUAGUAUUGAUAAUUGCGAUGUCCAAUGCAACGAUAAAGCUUACAGCCGGAAAUCUCAUUAAAUUGUCUCUCGACAGUUUCAGUUCCGUUAUCAAAACAUCGGUAGCUUUUCUAAACAUGUUACGAACCUUAACUUAAAGUGCACAAACAGGAACAAUUGUUCACAUCAUCGAAUAGAUUUACGUGUAUUAUUCAAAUGUUUGAUAUAAUAUAAUUUAAUAAAAUUAUUUGAAUAGACAAGCCUACCAUUGUGUCGAGCAUCAUUUUAGUCACACAUGAAAGAAUUCAUUUUUCACUUAAAAUAGGUGUAGGGAAUAUCGUCACUCACUUUCGAAUAUCAAAUAC